GGGGCAGCAGUGGAGCCCAGCGACGCUUCCUGCCAAGAAGCAGCAGAAGAAGAAGAAGCAACAUGGCUUCCGGGCAGCAGUGGGUGUUGGUGGAAAUGGUUCAGGCUUUUUAUGAGGCUCCUGCAUAUCACCUGAUUCUUGAGGGUAUCUUGAUCCUGUGGAUCAUCAGACUGUUGUUCUCUAAGACCUACAAACCCAAUGAGACGUACAAGCUCACAGAGAGGGAAAAGGAGGACCUGAUAGAAGAAUGGCAGCCAGACCUUCUGGUUCCUCCCGUUUCUAAGGACCAUCCUUCCCUCAAAUACGACGUGGUUUCAGGACCGCCCAGCCAUAAAAUCACAGUCAAUGGAAAGGAAUGCAUCAAUUUCGCCUCCUUUAACUUCCUGGGCCUCCUGGACAGCGAGCGCGUGAAGGAGAAAGCUCUGCUGUCACUCAAGAAGUACGGCGUCGGCACCUGUGGUCCAAGAGGCUUUUAUGGGACGUUCGACGUCCAUCUGGAGCUGGAGAACCGACUUGCCGAAUUCAUGCAGACAGAGGAAGCCAUCAUCUACUCGUACGGCUUUGCCACCAUCGCCAGCGCCAUUCCCGCCUACUCCAAGCGAGGAGACAUCAUCUUUGUGGAUGAAGCCGCCUGUUUCUCCAUCCAGAAAGGUCUUCAGGCUUCCCGCAGCUUCAUCAAGUACUUCAAACACAACGACAUGGAGGACCUGGAGAGGCUGCUGAAGGAGCAGGAGCUGGAGGACCAGAAGAAUCCUCGGAAAGCUCGAGUGACGAGGAAGUUCAUCGUGGUGGAGGGGAUGUACAUCAACACGGCGGACAUUUGCCCUCUGCCUCAGCUGGUGAAGCUGAAGUAUAAGUACAAGGUCCGGAUCUUCCUGGAGGAGAGUCUGUCCUUUGGGGUGUUGGGGGAACAUGGCAAAGGCGUAACCGAGCACUUUGGUGUCAGUAUCGACGAUAUCGAUCUGAUCAGCGCCAACAUGGAGAAUGCUGUGGCCUCCAUCGGAGGGUUCUGCUGCGGACGUUCCUUCGUCAUCGAUCAUCAGCGGCUGUCCGGCCAGGGUUACUGUUUUUCUGCCUCCCUUCCUCCGAUGCUGGCGGCUGCCGCCAUCGAGGCUCUGAACAUCAUGGAGGAGGACCCAGGAAUUUUCACAGUUCUGAGAGAGAAAUGCGCUCAUGUUUAUAACGCGCUCCAAGGGAUUCCGGGUCUGAGGCUGGUUGGAGAACAGUUUGCUCCGGCUCUUCACCUCCAGCUGGAGAAGAGUUCAGGCUCCAGGACGUCCGACCUGCAGCUGCUGCGCUCCAUCGUAGAUUAUUGUUUGGAGAGAAAUGUUGCCUUGACUGUUGCUCGCUACCUGGAAAAAGAAGAGCGAUUCCUGACGCCUCCCAGCAUCAGAGUGGUGGUCACCAUCAAACAGAAGGAGGAGGACAUUCAGAAGGCCGUUUCUUGUAUCAGAGAGGCAGCUUCGCUUCUCCUAAAGUAGCAGCAAAACGUGAAGAACGGCGCCCCCUGCUGCACUGUUGGAAGAGGACCACCCUGUUCACUGGGGAUCAAAGUGGAGCUCUGGAAACAUCCUGUUAGAUGCAGAGCCUCGAACUGUAACAAUGAUCUCCAUCAUGGUUGCACAGAAGAUGGCUUCCUGUUUGAUGCACUAAAUGCUUCCUGCUGCUACUGAUGUCAGAGUGGGACUUUUCUUGCCCCUUGAAUGGCAGAAAAUGAGGUUCCCACCAUUUAAAAAUGUUCCAGUUGCUCCAGAAACGAGUGACAGGCUAAUUUAUCUACUGACUGUGCUUUUAUUCUGCUCUCUCUCUCUCUCUCUCGCUGUUGGUACAUAAGCUUUCUGCUCUGUGAUCUAGUUUGUUUACCGUUGAGAUUAACCAAAAACAUGGUUUUUACUCUGGAAUCACUCCCAUGAUUUUCACUUUUGAUAUUUUGAGAAAAGUUAUUGCAUUUCUGAUUUUCAUUAAAAGUUUAAAAACUUCAAAA